CCGCCCCGCAGCCCGCCCCGCCCAGCCAUGGCCUCCGCGCUGCUGCCGCUGCUGCUGCUGCUGCUGGCAGGACCAGGGCCGGGACCAGGUCCGGUGGCGGCCGGCAGCCGGCUGGCGCCCUACGACGCGCUGUACGCGGACGGCGUGCGGGCCUACUUCGCGCGGGACUGGGCGCGGGCGGCCGAGCUGCUGCAGCGCUGCGUGCACAGCUACAGGCAGCUGCAGGGCGCCCGCCGCGCCUGCGGGGGCCGGUGCCAGGCCGAGGCCGGCUUCGCGGGGGCGCCGCCCGGCCGGGGGCCCGCCUGGGAGCCCGGCUUCUUCGAGCGGGCGCUGCAGCGCGCCGACUGCCUGCAGCACUGCCUGGCGCGCCGCCUUGGCGGGCCCGCCUCGCUGCAUCGCGCCGGCCGCGCCGUGCAGCGGGACCUGGAGCGGCGGGAGCCCUACAAUUUCCUGCAGGUGGCCCUCUUCAAGCUGAAGAAACUGGAUGAGGCAGUGGCAGCUGCACACACAUUCUUCAUGGCAAACCCCCAGCACCUGCAGAUGCGUGAAGACAUCGAGAAAUACCAGCGCAUGGCAGGGGUAAAGUCAGACAGUUUCCGGGACCUGGAGGCUGUGCCACACUGGAGGGCAUAUGAGACUGGGGUGCAGCACUACAAAGUGGAUGAGUACCAGGAGGCUGUGGUAAAGCUGGAGGAGUCCCUCAAAGAGGCACUGUUGGCACUGCAGGACUGUCGAGCCCUGUGUGAGGGGCCCUGGGAGGACGAGACAGAAGAGGAGAUGCAACCUGGCCUGUAUGAAGCUGUUGCAGCCCAUUACAUCCAGGUCCUGAAGUGCAGGCAGCAGUGUGUCCUUGAUAUUGCCACGAAGCCAGGAUGGGUGUCUGCCACAGAAGAUUUCAUACCCUCCCACUUUGACUUACUGCAGUUUGCUUACAACCAAGUUGGAAACCAGGCACUGGCUGCUGAAUGUGCUGCUUCCUAUCUGCUCUUCUAUCCCAUGGAUGAAUCAAUGCUGGAGAAGAUGAAAUAUUAUCAGACAGAGCUGGGAGAGGGUGUAUCAGUCACAGCCAGAGAGAACAUCUAUCAUUAUGUUCAGCAGUCUCUGAAGGAGAAGAAGUUGAUUUACUAUGCAGUGGAGCAUCUGGGAGGAACUUUUAAUGACCCUGACCUGUGGACCCCAGAUGAGCUGAUCCCUGAAAGCCAGAAGCAGAAACGCAGAGAGGAUCAAGAGAAGCAAAGGCUGGAGAAUCUGGAUGUGGAACAGCCAGAGCAGAGAGGUCCCUUAUUUUUUGAGGGCCUUACCAUCACCCAAGAUUCCCGCCAGCUGAAUGGGUCACAGCGGGUCGUCUUCGACAGAGUCCUGACAGAGUCUGAAUGUAAGGACAUUCUCCAGCUGGCCAAGGCAGCUGGAGGCACAGGAGACAGUUACCGGGGCAGACGGUCCCCUCACACCCCACAUGAGAGAUUUGAGGGGUUAACAGUACUAAAAGCUCUGCAGCUGGCACAGGAUGGAGCUGUGAACUGGAGAGAUGCCAAACUGCUUCUACAGGCCAGCGAGAAAUCCCGGAAAAUUGUACAGUCCUAUUUUACACCUGGGAAAAAGCUCCACUUCUCCUUCACACACCUUGUAUGCCGCACAGCUGUGGAGGGGGAACAAGAUGAUCGCAUGGAUCUUAGUCACCCAGUUCAUGCUGAUAACUGUCUCUUGGAUCCUGAGGGAAAAGAAUGCUGGAAAGAACCACCUGCCUAUAUGUACAGGGACUACAGUGGGAUCCUCUACCUCAAUGAUGAUUUCAAAGGCGGGGAACUGUUCUUCACUGAAUUGGAUGCUGUGACAGUCACGGCUCAGGUACGCCCCAAAUGUGGGCGGUUGGUAGCGUUCAGCUCCGGAGGGGAGAAUCCUCAUGGCGUGUGGGCAGUGACCCGUGGGAGGCGCUGUGCCAUUGCCCUUUGGUACACACUCUCCCAGGAACGUGCUGAACAGGAGCGACUAGAGGCUGAAGCCCUGGUAAAACAAAGGGACAUGGAGCAGGAGAAGCAGCCAGAGAACAAGCAGCAUCAAGGGCUUGACGACAGUGGUGGUACCUCACCGGAGCCUCCUGUUCCCAAAGGAAGAGCCAGAUCCACAAGCCAAAGACACAAACUGGGCUCUGAGUCCCCACAACAACCCCAGGAACUGCGAGUCAGGGAUGAAUUCUGAGGGUGGUGUGGCAUGACACUAAAGAACAGGCACACUGGCCUGUCAACUUCUUAGUGACACAGAGUAUGGAGGUGUUUUUGGUCAUUUAUUAGAAUACUAGUCCCACAAUUGUGGGGGAAGGAUACAGCUUAUUUCUCAGUGACAUCACAACAGAAAAAUUACAUCAAUGGUAAAACAGAAAGGGCCAUGGUACCUUGAUCUUUAUUCACCAUCUUGACUUGAGAUUUAUUUAAUCACUCAGAAACAACAAAACAGGCUCCUCUCAUCCCCUUUUUUUCAAUGAGCCUUCAAUAGGACCAAGCCAAAGUGGGGAAGGAGGGAUUCUUGGGAUUUUUGGGGUAGGGGAUUUUCUUGUUUGGGGAUUUGAAAUGGGAACCACAGUAACAUCUAAACUUCCUGAGCCAACCCCUCAGGCCAGAGAAUCCCUAGACUGAAUUGGGAGAGGGCAGGUCAUGGCCUAUGAGUGUAUAAAAUAAAGGAAAAAAUAAUGAAUACAAAA